UUAUGAUUCUAAGCAUUUUAUUUACACUCUCACCUAUUGUAUUAUUACUCUCAAUAUUCGCUGUGCUUGAUGCAUGCUUAUUUGUUCAAACAACACAACACACUACACUUCCUUGUACAUAUAUUCAUAACUCAGACUUAAUGAUCAGCAAAGUUACACCUACCAUCCAACCCUCUAGAUCACAAGCGGAGCCUAUACAUAAACCUUUAAAACUCAAAUCGAAAGCAAAGUCUUUUCAUCGACUCUUCAAGAAACUUGCUCGCGUCGUCUUGUCUAAAAAGUGCCAUCAAAAAAAGUUACAGGAAAGCGUCUGGUACGACAUUACCCCUGACGGUCACACGGCUGUGAUUCAAAUUAAUUUACCUACUGCUUCUGCUCCUCAAAGUGACUCUCUUUCCAUGUCUUCUCUCUUGAACGAUAAAACCACAUUCGACUAUGCUCAGCGUAUUUGGGACGAAGAUGCAACCGUCUACAGCAACAUGAAUCGCAUUGUAGAAUGGAUUGGUAAUGGUCAGCCUGACAGUAACGCUAUCUUGAAAGCAUAUCUUCAGCAUUUUGAUUUUAAAGGACUCAAACUUGAGCAAGCUUUUCGCAACUUGUGCUCUAAAUUGCACCUCAAAGGCGAAACACAACAGAUUGAUCGUAUUCUUUCUCGAUUUGCCGAACGAUACUUUGAAUGCAAUCCCAAAUGUAUUUUUGGUUCUUCAGAUGUUGUCCAUGCGAUUGUCUAUUCUCUUUUAUUGUUAAACACAGAUCUUCAUGUAGCUCAAGGCGACUACAAGAAAAUGUCUCGAUCUGCAUUUAUCAAGAACACCCUGUGUGCUAUUCAAGCUCAACUCAAUAUCUCUACCUGCAUUGAUGAACACUCAAUUUCUGAAGAACACAAAGCCAGUGGUCUCUCUUUUCAAUCGUUUGAUUGGAUUCCUCUUCAACGCACACCUAGUGGUCACAGUGGAUUCAGUUCUCGUUCUUCCAACUAUGCUCCUUCUUUGGACUCCUCUAUUUCUACUCACAGCCAUAUCGCCCUAGGAUCCAAGUCAUGGCAACUUGAAGUCAAGAAUUUAUUGAAGCAAAUGUACAGUAGCAUUCGAUACUGCCAAAUAAGCGAUCCUUCCUCUCCACCUACUUCUAUACAUCAAAGCAAUCGUGUCAGUACUGUCUUGAAGCGUAGUAUGGGCACAAUUAUCUGGAGACAGGGCCGUGAUACAGCCCAAGAAGACGAUUCUAUCUCAAGCUCUAUAAGUUCAGUCCCUUCUUCUUCUCAAACCUCCUUACUACAAUACCAAAUCGUCGCUUCUCAUUUGCAGACAGAAAUCCCCACUAGUUACACCAGCAAUGCCCCUUAUUAUAAGGAAGGUAUGGUCGUCCGUAAGCACCUGUUGGAAAAAGCCCAUCAAAAAGCCAAACACAGAGACUGGAAAGACUGCUUUAUGGUCAUUGAACGUAGUCAACUCAAGAUGUAUAAACUCGAUAGUACCAGUGAGCAACGCAAGCGCCAUUUGAUUCGACACGCCUUGAUGACCAAGUACUCAGACAAUGAAGUGGUUGGUGGUGGUGACUGGUUAUCCAAUGCUCAAUUGAUGGGUUCGAUUGACCUCAAGCAUACCUUGGCCAAUGCACUUCCUUCUGGUUAUAGUCGUCAACGUCAACAUGCUUUUGCACUUCAACAACCUAAUGGUGCUGUCUAUUUGUUCCAAGUAGGAUCUGAAGAACAAGUGCAUGAAUGGGUCUCUACCUGCAACUAUUGGGCUGCUAGAGAAAGCAAAGAGCCAAUGACCAAUGGCGUGAGUUCAAUGGAAUAUGGCUGGACUUGUACCAAAGAUAUGGAGAACACAAUCAUUCAUGAAUGGCAAGCACCCAUUCCUCCUAGCUGCAGUAGCUUAUUGGAAGAACCCGCUCAAUUAGAAGCACUUCACAAACACAUCAAGGAGUUGUCAAACGAACUGGACCAACACCGUGAUAUCAAACCCAAGAUGGAAGCUCGAUUUGCUGGCUCAAAAUUAGCAGCCAAAGUCAUGGUCAAUUGGGAAAACAAGUCUUCUUAUCUUUUGCAUGAAAUCAUCAAGUAUCAAAACUACUGUGAUGCCAUUGAAAAAUCACUUGCUUUACAGAAUUCCAUCUGUUCUUUCUUGUAAAAUGUAUUAUACCCUUCCCUUUUCUUUUUAGAUGUAAAUAAAA